AUGUCUGCUACACUGUCCCCAUCGCAUCAGGGAAGACCUAUUCUUUUUAAAUCACCUACAUUGGAGGCUCAAGGAGGGAUCCGUCAUAAUGAAAUUACAGCUCAAAUUAUUACAAACCCUGACGAUAUCAUUGAAAUAAUCCAGGAGAAGGAGAGAAAGAAUUAUAAGUUAGGAGCAAUUUUGAUAGCUGUCGCUAUUGCAACUUGGAUCGUUGGCCUUGAAUUGGUUAGCUCAGUUUUGAAGACGAGCGACUACAAAAAACCAUGCAUGUUUUCAGUAAUUUCAGGUUCUUGUUUCAGCCUCAACUUAUUGCCAGAUAUAUUUUACUUCUUGAGGGAUGCUAUUUUUCAUACAAAAGCAAAUUCAGCUGACACAGAUGUUAUUGAGCCCUCUGCAGAAGCAUUAUUGAGACAUCUGGAGUCGUUUGAGAAAGAAAUAGAAAGAAAUAUUUUAAAACCAAAGGAAUUAACGAAGGGCGAAGUCUAUCGAUUGGCAGCCACUAUUGCUUGUAUUUAUCUUGUGUAUAAUAUGUUUGUGUUGACGUCUUUAGAAUUUACUUCAGCAUCCAAUCAGACGGUGGUGGGAUCUUUGACUUGUUUUUUCACUUUAUUCAUAGGAGCAUUCAUGAAGGUUGAUACGUUCACUGCGAAGAAGCUUAUUUGUUCAGUUGUAAGUAUUUGUGGGGUGUUGUUGAUAAGUACUGGUGAAAGUCACAAGAAUCAUGAUGAUGGCAAUAAAUAUGUUCCAAAGAAUCCAGCUCUUGGAAAUUGCUUAGCCUUAGUGGGGGCUCUAAUGUAUGCAUUUUAUUUAGUCAUUAUGAAAAUAAAAUGUGGAACUGGGAACACUACCACGAAUGAAAGGAAACUAUUUGGCUACGCAGGAAUUGCAACUAUGUUGAUUGGUAUUCCUGUCUUAUUUAUAGCGCAUAUCUUGGAUAUUGAGACUUUUGAAUUACCUUCAUCAAAAGAUGAGGGGGUCUUGUAUCUGGUAUUUUUAAAUGGGGUAUUUUCGGCGAUAUCAGAUUAUAUUACAAUUUUAGCACUGUUACUUACGAGUCCUUUGGUUACAUCAUUAUCACUCACUUCAGCGAUUCCCAUUACAAUUUUCUGCGACUAUAUAAUUAUGCAUAUUAGUGGGUCUGGCAAAUCCAACCUCAGUUUUAUUUAUUUCCUUGGUGUUGCCAACAUACUUGUCAGUGUAAUAUUGAUCAAUAUCAAUUUUACUUCAGAGCUGGACCUUGUUGAUCAGGCAAUCGGGAAUGCAUUGGAUAACGCUAUUAAUGAAGAUGAGUUACUUUCACCAAUACUUUCACCACUUUUAUCUCCUAAGGCAAAUACUUCCAAUGCUUCUCCGUAUUUCGCCGAAGAUUCAUUGAAUAUUAGAAACUUGAAAGAAUCAUCAUUAAUCUCCUCGUUCUCUCCCAAAUUCCAUUUCAAGAAAAAAAGGCUCCCUUUUGAAAGAGAAGUUUCGAAGUUUGAUUUAGGUGGUAGUAAUCAAAAUUAUGAGAGCACAUCUGAUCAGAAUGAAGCUCAAACAAAUGCAGAACAUAACGACCAAUGGCUGCCCAAAAUUUUAGUGUACAGUGGCGGUAACCAUAAUUAUAGCGUUAAGGCGUUACAUUUAUCAUCCACAAAUUUGGAUGCAAAUGGCGAUGAGUAG